AUGUCAGCGUUCCAAUGUAAUGGGAAUGGCGAUAGUAGUAGCAGUAGCGGUAGCGGUAGUAGUAGCGGUAGUAGUAGCGGUAGUAGUAGCGGUAGUAAUAGCGGUAGCGAUAGUAGUAGCAGUGGCAGUAGCAGCGGCAGUAGCAGCGGCAGUAGCAGCGGCAGUAGCAGCGGCAGUAGCAGCGGCAGUAGCAGCAGUAGCAGGGUAAUGAUGAUAGAAUCGACGAUGGUACUGAUUAUAAUGGUACAAGUAUUAUUUCAUAAUACUAUUGACAGCAGAAUUAGUUGCGACAAUUGUAGUGUAGUUGAGGUGAUGGUGUCCAGUAAUGCUAGUGAUAAUAGUAGGAGAACGAUGGCGGCGAUGGUGGUAGCGAUAGUGGUAGCAACGAUAGCGAUAAUGAACAAAAGUGACCAAUGGACUGGUAAUAGUACUGAUAAUGAUAAAGGAAUCGACAUUAGCAAUAACGCUGGUACUAGUAAUAGUUACUAG